AUGAUGGAACAAAAAAUCACCACCGAAAUCAUCAACGAUGCCAUCGAAGGAGGAAUUUCGUCUUCGCCAUCAUCUCGUUUACUUAAGCGACCACUUUCUCCCGAUGAUUCUAGCGAAGAGUAUGCAAAUCCCACCACAAGGACCAAAGAGACUGACCCACCAAAGCGCACCAACAAGAACUCCGUGAAACCAAAGGAGACCGUAAACGUCAUUAAGGCAAAUAAGAGGUUGAAGCGUCAGGAAAAUGCUUCGACUCCGAAGCCGCAGCGGCACUGCCAACACCCAAAACAUGAGAUAUACUUGAAACUUGCGAAAUCCAGGCUCUCCAAGAGACCGCUGGCGAAAGCGAAUGAAGGAAAUGGCGAUCAAGUGGUCACCCUAUUCAAACGGUUGGAAGGCGUCUUUGACCUAAGCAAUGAGGCUUUGAUGUGUAAGCGAUGUCUCCGACAAACCGAUAGAGAUCCCGAGCAGAUAAGAGAAUUUUCGGUGUCAUUUCAAGAGAUCGCCACAGAAAUGAGGGUGCACAACGGUUCAUACUGUGAUUGGGAAUUUGACACAGUGCCACCGUCAGUGUGA